AUUGGAAAGGUCGCCGUCGCGGAUAACCGGUGGCUUUGAAAUAACUUGAGGUUUUUACUUAUCAUCUUAUUGUUUUACAACUUUCAUUAUUUGUGGUCGAAAACCAGCAUGGUUUUCUCCGGUCUUCUCUUCACCGACUCUAGUUAGACGUUCGAAUAUUAUUGGGGCCAAUAUUGAAAUCUGUCAGAUGAGAUUAUACCCAGUUGCCAGAUUCUAUCUAAGAUCUCAGUCAAUCAACCUGUUAAAACUGGACCACUAUCCUUAACAAUCCCAGAGAUCAACUUCUAUCUAUGAUUACUUUCGCAUAAAGUACAACUGGAAGUGAAAACCAAACUGAACCCAGAAAUUCUAUAACGUGUCUCUUAAAGGAAAAUACCUUUUAACAACUAAACUUCAAAACAAAACUCUACUAAAUGGGAUCUCCAACAGAUUUAAUCACUUAUAGUCCAGUUGCUGCACAACAUAAUCUUGCUUUAGUGAAUUAUUGUCGUAUAUCGAUUGCAUCACUUUCUGGAUGUACAGCUGGAAUAUUAGGUUUAACAGGAUUAAUGGGAUUUAUGUUUUAUUUUUUGGCGCAUGGUUUUCUAUCCUUGUUAUUAUUACAAAAAGCAGGCAAAUCAUGGAAUAAAUAUUUUAUUCAACGUUCAUGUUUAACAUAUGGUGGAGUAUUUGGUGAAUUAACUACGUAUAUUUUAUUUUGGACAUUUAUUUAUGGAAUGGUUCAUGUAUAUUAAUUAUAUAAUCUAAAUAAUAAUAAUAAUAAUAUAUUUAACUAUUUUGUUUAAAAUGAACUCUGUUUUUAUCUUCAUAUC